GAUUCCAGGGCAAACUGCAGUGCCUGCAGCAUCUCCUGGGUCUCAGGAGCUGGUCCCUCUGCCACACAAGUUGACUCUUAAACCCACAAAGGUUUAAGAGUCAAAUUGGAAAAGGGGAAAAUAUCUUUUCUGUUUGUGCCCAGGAAUACUCCUGCUAGCACAGCAGCCUCAGAGAUGGUGCAACCACCCUCAGAGCUCAGGUGUUUCCUCCUGAAAUAAGUGGGAUUAGUUUUAAUCGUGGAAAACCUAUUCCAGAAAGGGAAUCUCCUCCUCUUGGGGAACAAUGCAGAGCCACCACUGCCAGCUCGGGAUCUGCAGGGACCUGUAUAUCACGUACUCUUUAAUUUAAUAGCCUGGAAAAUGUGAAGGUCUGCCUGCAUGUCAUUAAAGUCCCAGUGAAACCCCUGGGAGUGUGUUUGCCAAUGCUGGCCCCAGCAGGGCUUGGGGCUGUCCCUCUUUCACCCCCACAGCUCCAGAAGAGCAGGAUGUCCUCAGUUUCCCUCCCUGUCCUCACAUUGCACUUCAUAUUUUUUAAGCUCUUUUGAGCUCUUUGUCCCUCCCAAGGUCCUUCCCCUCUCACUGUGUUAUGCUGCAAGAAAUACAGAAAGAACCAGAUGGGAACUGAUAGACUGCAGGAAAAAAAGUGUAUUCAUUAAAAUGGCAAAAUGAACCACAUUUCCCCUUAUUAAUUCCCUCCUUGCAGCAUUUCCAGUCCAAGCAUGUACCUGUGAUGCUUCCAUGGACCCGUGUGGUCCAGGAGCACCCCUGAGGUGUGUGUGUGCGCGUGUCUGUGAGUUUCUUGGUUGUCUGAGCAACGGGACGUUCAUCACUAACUCCCAGGAUAAUUAACUCAUUCUCCUGUAUUUAUAGCAAACCAGUACAGGGAGUGUUGGCACUUAUCCCUGACAGAGCCACAUUUGGCCACAACGUUUUGAAUUUUGGCUGUUUCUUGCAUUACAGCAGCUUUGUCAUCAUCCCUGCUGCCUGCUCAUUAAGUGGGCAGCUCAUUAAGCUGACAAGGGCAGGGCUGAUGGUGGCUGCCUGAGCCAGGCUGCCCAUGGGUGCCUGCCUCGGUGUGCCCCACUGCUGGUUUGCAGGUGCAGGGAGGGUUUGCAGCAGCAUUCCCAUCUCCAGAUGCCUGCAUAUGCCUGUGCUAACAGCAGCGUCGCUCCUGGCUUGCCUGCUGGCAAGGGGAGAUUUUACUGCUUCAAGGUUUGUUGCAGGGAUCUGAUGCAAGGAAACGUUGGAGCAUCCUGACUCAGCACCGCAGCGGAGGGGGACCCGUGGGAAAGACACGGAGCAUCUUCUCUCAGCAUCAGGGCAUGCGUGUGCCAGGAGCCACUGUAGGACUCUGGACAGUGUGGGAUCCCCCCUCUCCUGCCUGGUCACCCCUGCUGCUCCUGCCCAUGACCCCAGAUCUGGCACUUGAAAUGGAGCAGGGGAUGAGCGAGGAGCAGCUCCCUGCAUCUCCCCACUGCCCCACCACGCAGGAGGACACCAAUGUCUCGGCCUCUGCGUUCCCCCAGUACUGGGUGGAGCCCCGGUUCACCCCAGCAGCCAAGGUCCGUGUGAUCAUCACAGCCAUGUUCUUCCUGCUGGCAGCAGGCAGCAAUGCAGCCGUGCUGGGCAGCCUGCUGAGGAAGAGGAGGAAAUCCCACGUGCAGCCGCUGAUCCUCAGCCUGGCACUGGCUGACCUGCUGGUGACAGUGAUGGUGAUGCCUCUGGAUGCAGCAUGGAACGUGACAGUGCAGUGGUAUGGAGGGGACAUCUCCUGCAAGGUCCUCAACUUCCUCAAGCUCUUUGCUAUGUACGCUGCUGCCCUGGUACUGGUGGUCAUCAGCCUGGACCGGCACGCAGCCAUCCUCCAUCCCUUCUCCCGUGCUCACCGCCGCAACGGGAUGCUGCUCCGUGCUGCCUGGGCUGGCAGCGUGCUCCUGGCUUUGCCCCAGCUUUUCCUCUUCCACCUGAACACAAUCCCAGGAAGGAAUUUCACCCAGUGUGUUACUCAUGGGAGCUUCCGAGCACACUGGGAGGAAACUGUCUACAACAUGUUCACCUUCACCACCCUCUACAUCACCCCCCUGAGCGUCAUGAUCGUCUGCUACAUCCGCAUCCUUUGGGAGAUCAGUAAGCAGCUAAAGGUCAAUAAAGGUUUGACAAGAAAUCAAAACGAACACAUCUCCAAGGCACGCAUGAAGACUCUCAAGAUGACCAUAGUGAUUGUUGCCACCUUCAUCAUCUGCUGGACCCCUUACUAUCUCCUGGGCUUGUGGUACUGGUUCCAGCCAGCCAUGAUCCAGAAGAUGCCGGAGUAUGUCAACCACAGCUUCUUCCUCUUUGGUCUGCUGCACACCUGCACUGACCCUAUCAUUUAUGGACUGUACACCCCUUCCUUUCGGGAGGAUGUGCAGUUGUGUCUCAGGGGCAUUGAAACAGCCAUCACCAGGCAAAAGAGACAUAAACCCAUCUCAGCCUCAGAGAAAAACACCAAGGAUGGUGCUGCAAAUGCUGGGGUGGCAUCAGGGGGCUCCAACGGGACAACUGUCAGCACGGUCUGAUGAAGAGAUGUACCCACAAGGGGAUGGCAAGCACAGCUUUGGGACUGUUUUGUCCUGUAAGACCAUUUUGGAGACUGUCAUGACAAGGUUCCCUACU